UCCAUUUUAAUCGACGUUGUUUAACAAAAACAAGGAGUAACUUUAUUAAACCAUUAGUGUCAUCACACGUAUCCUCAGGGAUGUUGGCCGAGCAAGCCUGAACUGCGUCUCGCCAUCUACUGCAGUCUGCACACAUAAUUAUGUUUGUUUUCAAAGACAGGGAGCAGAAGCUCCUGGCGUGGAACACUGUGGAAGCUCUCGUCGACGGCCAGCUCCAGCAUGGCAAUGUGGUCGAUGUGGCGGAGGGCGGCCUGAUGGUUGAGUUCGGCUGUGGCACACAGCGCGCGCAGUUGAUCGAGUACGGACGCAUUAGACGCAUUUUUCCCGACUUUCGAUCACAACCACCUACCUUGCGGACCACCACCACCGAGGUGCUGGUGCUACUGCGCCAUGAUCCCGACGAUGCCUGGAUCUGGUAUCCGGGAAAGCGUAUCCCCCUAGGCGACUGCUGGUACAACUUUCUGGAUCUCGUGGAAGUGCAACGGCCGCAUGGCAUCGUUAGAGAGAUCGUGCCCCACACGCAGGUGCGCCUAACACCCACGGACGAGGAUGUGAAGAGACGGCUGGUUCGCGAGGGCGAUUUUGUUGUACGCUCUUGUCCGCUGCCGGCCGGCUACUGGGCAGAUGGGUCCCAGUUACCCCGGGAGAUUUUCAAGAGCGAACUAAACCAACGAUGGCGUGUUGUGUGCACGUCAGUGCUCAGCCAGACCUUCGACUAUCUGCAGCGGCAGACGGAUAAACCAGUAACUCAUGAGAUCUUGAAUCUUGCCUACAAAGCGGCGACGGAAGAGGCACGUGCUCGUAUAUCUUGCAGAUGUCUUCGGUUGCUCCGUCAAAUGACGGUCCGCACAUCCAGUAGAAAGCGGAAAACCGAUGGCGGUAGUAGAACAAGUCUGCCGUUACCAGCUGAGCUAAUGGUGGAAGUCUUCCAGUCCCUGGACUCCAUCGGACGCUUCCGUUGUCGGCGCGUCUGCCACCUGUGGAACACUGUUCUCACCACGGACGCCUACUUCCCCGAUGUGCGGGUUUCGGGUAGCGAUACGGAGUAUGGCGAUCUGCAGUGCACAUACGCCAUGGGGUACUGGGUGGUGGCUGGUUUACUAAAAUGCCUCUCGAACGCGACUAAGGUAUAAGGAAGGAAUUUAGACAUUCACAAAUUAAUCCGCACGGCCGUACCGAUUAACUGCCUCCUCAAUGCCUGCCGCGUCCCGACGCUGAUAUUCUACGACUGUGAUUUCGGGGGAAUGUUAGCCUUUGUCCAUUCCGUGACCGACCAGUUGGCUGAGCGCUUCUGGAAGUGCUCAAUGCGCUACGGUGACAGUAGCCCGUUUGAUCGGAUGGUGGUGAAGAAGUGCCGUAUUUUCAAUGACCACCUAACAGCCUUCGUAGCCGAUUCCGCGAUUCGCAUCCAGUCGGAGCAGGACAUCCGGCUGCAGUUGUGGGAUCUCUUUGAGAACCACUUGGUGCUGAAGAGACCGCGGUGUUUGCCGCUGGUGUCACAGUGGGUGGCCGACUGUAUCGCGGACGAGUGCAGCCAGCAAGGCCGACAACAGAUAGUAAAAGCCCUCGAAUAUUACCAGUCUAAAGAUCCGCGUUCAUCCACCCCCUACCGCGAUCGGGACUGGACAAUGUCGACGAUCUCCGAGCUGGAUACCAGUAAGCUGACCCGGCUGACGUCGGCGGCAUUGAGCGAAGGCGCUUCAUUCGAAAAAAAAUUCACACAAA